CCUUUGACUGUAGCACUUCAUAUCUUCCAAUCGCAAACUCACUCAAAGCGUUAUUCAGCUUUGGAUGGACCAGUUCCCGUCUUCAAGCUUCAAAUCUCUGUCAAGAUGAAGAACCCAAUUCCACAGACUACGCCCUCGACGCGCCCUCGGUUUUCGCCUUCACCUUGUGGCUCAAAAGAGCUUGAUGAAAGCUACGCACCGCUCAAAUCUAUUAAAGAUAAAGAUAACUGGCUUCCCUUGCUGCGCUGCCCAGCGGAUUUUCCUUUGGAACUCUUUGAGACUGCAAUCUCGCAGCUCAUACAUCAUCCCGAGUACAACUCCACGCUCAUAUUGCGGUCUGAAACAGUCGCAGAAGCCUCCGCAGAUGAUAUUACUUUUCCAUCGUCAUUACCCUACUUCAAAGGUCUUCAUUCAAUCCGAGUCGUGCAUCGAAAACUGCUACCCCGUCGACCUGGCCGUGAUGCAGGACUGGAGCAAUACUGUACCUUGUAUGCUUUCAGUGACGGCGAUUCUGCUGAUAUACCUUCUACUCUCGUCUUAUCGCCCAUCGUCCCUGAGGGUGGCACCCUACCUUACUAUCACCCUACGGUAUUCCACCUUGCCCUCCGUUACAUCCCCUCAACAAGUUCAACGCAGCCCAACUUGAGCAUCGAAGUCGUUCCAUUUCCCGAUACACCCACCGAUCUGAACUCACGGCUCUACCGCACUUGUCUCGCUCUCCUUGAUACAUUGCAUCGCUAUGGCUGGGGCGCACUGACAAACUAUAGAAAGCGUGUUUUGCAUGACUGUUUAGUGCCUCGAGACGCCUAUCAAGAUCUGUACCUCGUUAUGCGCGAGAGACACAAGCACAUUGUUCAAGAAUGGAAAGAGGUCACGGACCCUUUAAAACAUGUCUUUGAGGAUAUCGGAAUUGCUACAUUCUUAAUGCUACUUUGGAAGGAUACUUUUGAAGGCGCACCACAUGCUGUGACAUCAAGUAGCGAUGGUUCUGAAGAUCCUCCCUGGAAAAUUUGGCCUCGGCCUCCAGGGGGAUUCGUAGACUUGGGGUGCGGAAACGGUCUCCUUACGCACAUCCUUAUUUCAGAAGGAUACCAAGGGAACGGAAUUGAUGUCCGCGCGCGCAUGUCUUGGGAACACUAUCCAAAGGAUACAUCAGAUUCGUUACACGUCCAUGCCCUUGAUCCGACGACCCUCUCAGCUACCCCUGACGCUGAUGAUCUGGGCAUGAACAUGGAUCCCUAUCUUAAACAUGGUGCAUUCAUCAUUGGGAACCACGCCGACGAGCUUACUCCAUGGCUUCCGGUGCUCGCCACCCUAACACAAUCAUCCGGAUACCUCUCCAUCCCAUGCUGUGCAUGGUCUUUUGAUUCACGCUACACUCGGUCCGCCCCAACAGAAUAUACUGAUCCCAAAGGUGGGCUAUCGGAUGCUGAUUUCAUAGAUAGGCUCAAUCUGGGAGGCGAUGGAAGCAAUGCAAGUUCGUACUCCAUGUACAGAAUUUGGCUUGCGCGGCUCAGUCAAUGGUGUGGAUGGAAAAUUGAGUGUGAGACACUGAGGAUACCGAGUACGAGGAAUUGGGCGAUAAUAGGUCGAACGAGGAUAACGAUGGGAGAAGAUCAAGACAGACGAACACUUCAACGCACCCAUGAUAUCAUUAACAAUGUACGACAAAAGGGACUGUUCAAAACCCGGAAGCCAGAAGGAAAAGCAGGAGAACAUUGAUAAAUAGAAUAUUGUGCGCUGUACCAUCGGUAUUUAUCAACAGUGCAAUAUCAUAAAUAUACAAGGAGGUAUAUAUUACAAAAGAUAGAAUAACAGUUGAAAACAUAAA